AUGUGGCCAGCGGCACGCGUAGAGGCAGAAGCUCCACCACCACCGGCACAAGGACCAGCUACUUCUCCUUCUAGUUCAUCUGUUCCCCCUUCUCGGACGACUUCUUAUCCGCCGGAAUCGGCGGCGCAGAAGCAGGAGUGCAUCGAUCUCCCCCGCCCAGUGUCACUCGAUUGCUUUGUAAAGGACGGGCGUGAGAUUAGAGUUGGCGAUUGUGCUCUUUUUCGGGCUGUUGAUGUUCCUCCAUUCAUUGGAUUGAUACGUUGGAUUGAGAAAAAGGAAGAAGGCUAUCCCAAGUUACGUGUUAGUUGGCUUUAUAGACCUACCGACGUGAAGCUGAACAAGGGUAUACAACUCAACGCUGCACCAAACGAGAUCUUCUACUCUUUCCACCAGGACGAAGCAUCUGCUGUUUCUCUGCUGCAUCCUUGCAAAGUUGCCUUUUUACGUAAAGGUGUUGAACUACCAGCUGGAAUUUCUUCAUUUGUAUGUUGGCGCGUGUACGAUAUUGACAGCAAGUGCUUAUGGUGGCUUACUGACCAGGACUAUAUUAAUGAACGGCAGGAAGAAGUAAAUCGUCUUCUAUACAGAACAAGGCUAGAAAUGCGUGCCGCAUUUCCAUCAGGUGGACGCUCACCAAAGCGUUUAAAUGGUCCAUCAGCUUCCCAGCAACUGAAGACUGCUUCAGAUGGUACGCAGAAUGGUGGUUUAUCGAAAGGAAAGAAGAGAGAUAGAAGUGAACAGGGAGUUGAUCCAGCUAAGCGGGAUCGUGAUCGUCUACUUAAGGUUGACGACAGUGAGCCUGGAAGCUUUAACUUGGAUGAUAUUAAGUCUGAAAUAGAAAAGAUAACAGAAAGAGGUGGACUUCCAAAUGCAGAAGCAGUUGAAAAGCUUGUACAUCUUAUGCAACUUGAUCGAACUGAGCAGAAGAUAGACCUUGGUGGUCGCGUUAUACUUGCUGAUGUUAUUGCUGCUACGGAGAGUCCCGAUUGCCUCGGCAGAUUUGUGCAAUCAAGGGGCCUUCCCGUGUUGGACAGCUGGCUUCAAGAGGCCCACAAAGGGAAGUCUGGUGAUGGGAGUAGUCCUAAAGAAGCAGAUAAGCCUAUUGACGAACUUCUCUUGGCCCUGCUUCGUGCACUAGCUAAAUUGCCUAUUAAUCUCAGUGCGUUGCAAAGUUGUAGCAUUGGGAAAUCUGUUAAUCAUCUGCGUAGCCAUAAAAAUCUGGAGAUUCAGAAGAAAGCUAAGUGUCUUGUUGAAAACUGGAAGAAGCGUGUUGAUGCUGAGAUGAAAUCAAAUGAUGUGAAACCUUUAGUUUCAGGUCAAUCUGUUUCCUGGUCAGGAAAAACAGGUUUCCAAGAAAUUACAAAUGCUGGAACCAAACGAGGUGGCUCAAGUGAGAACAGUCCAAAAAAUUCAGUGCCCACUCUUUCAUCAUCAAAAGUUCCGACUGAUAAGCCUGAGGGCACAGAUGCUGCAGCGAAGUUGAACCCUGGGGUAUCCGCCUCGUCAAAUUUACAACACGUGCAACCAACAAAUGUUACUACCAACUUGAAGGACCAGCCCUGCAAAUCAACUAGUGGGGCUGGUUGUCCUGAGCUGCCUACUGUAAAAGAGGAGAAAAGCAGCAGUUCAAGCCAAUCGCCGAACAACAGCCAGUCAAUAUCUAGUGAGCCAUCGAAGGAUGCAAGAAGUUCAACUGCUGCUUCUGGUGGUGCUAGUAAAACUUCUGGAAGUUCUUCACGGAGCCAUCGAAGGUCAAACAAUGGUAUUGUUUCAGGGAACCUGAAGGAAGCUUCUGUAGGAAGAUCUGUCUCCCUUGAUCGAUCAUUGUUGCAGGAUAAGUCAUCUCAAACUGGAACAGCUUCUGAAAAAGGAGUUGAUAUGCCAUCUGAUCAUGGAAAUAAUCAUAGAUUGAUUGUUCGCUUUCCAAAUCCUGGUCGUAGUCCUGCUAGAAGUGCAAGUGCUGGAUCUUUCGAUGACCCAUCUGUUACUGGGGGUAGAGCUUCAUCUCCUGUGGUUGCAGAUAGGCAUGAUCAGACUGAGCGCAGGGUGAAAGUGAAGACUGAAAAUUCUCGGCCUCAUUUAGCAUCUGAUGCUAAUGCAGAGUCUUGGCACAGCAACGACAUUAAAGGAGCUACUGGUUCGGAGGAAGGUGAUAAAUCACCGUGUGCUAUAUUAGAUGAUGACAACAGCAGGACACCUGAUGAUUCUGUUAAGGAUGCACAUGCAUCACGAGUUGCAUGCUCAUCAUAUGUGAAUGAAAAAGGUGUCAGUGAAACUAAGGUGGGAACCUCAUUCAGCCCAAUGAAUGCUCUUAUUGAAAUCAAGUACUCUGAAGCUAGUCAUUCAUUGCAAGCUGGAGACGACGCGGCUAUGAAUCUUCUUGCUAGUGUGGCAGGGGAAAUAUCUAAAUCUGAAUUGGUUUCCCCAGCUUCUUCACCCAGAAGUUCUUCUGUAAAGAAAUUGGUCCGUGAGAGUGACAACACUGGAAAGGUUAAAGUAGAAAGUGACAUGGGCCCAUCACAUCCAGGGCAAGCAGGUGCUAAGAAAGUUGCCAUGGGAAAGGAAGUGAAAAAUGAUGCUUGUCUGGUUGCAAAGGAGGAACAACGCCAAACUACGCCAUCUCCUGAGCUAGCAGAUUCAAAAGCAGUUGUAUCUUCAGCCAAGAUUGAAAUCCAUGAAGGCCGUGUAAACAAAUGCAACUCUCAGCAUGCUUCAAUUGAUUCCAAAGGUGAACAUGAUCAGAACUUCAAUUUGUGCCAUUCAGCUAAUACUAAAGUUGUCAAUAUGUCUAAUAUGUAUUCAUCUGCAGGUGGAAAUCAGGAUGCCUGUACUGCCCAUGGGAAAGUUGAAGAUGGCAGUACAGACAAGGAUGGUGCUGUGGAAUCUGCAUUGGGCAGCCAGUGUAGCUUGGUUGUUUCCAUUAGAAAUUCAAGAUUGGUUCUUGCUGGGGAAUCUUCAUUGUCUGCUGCUGAUAAACAAGCACAGGGUUUGUUAAAAUCAACUAAUCUUAAGCAGCUUCUGAGUGUAUCGGACAACCCAGGAGCCUUUGAUAGACGUGACAGUAUGGCUGGCAAAUUAGAUUUGAUGGCUGCAGAGGUGGAAAAAGCUGAUGCUGUGGGCUAUAGUAGCAUAGUGCAGAACGAGGCUGAAAAGAAGGAACAUGCUUCUUCCUCUUUGGCUGAUGUUCCAAAACUAGUUGUAGCAGCAGCGUCCCCAGUUGGUGUGGCAAAUGUGAAUAAGGAGAUGAAAGAAUCAAAAGACAGUUCAAGUGAAUCCAAUAGCCAUGUAAAAUCUGAAGGUGUCAAUUCUCAGCAAAGCGGGCAAAGUGCAAAGCAGAGUUCAAAAAAAUCCAGUGAUGGUGUUUGCGGAAAAGAGGACGGAAAAGAAGACCAUGUCUUAUCAGAUGAAGGUUCUUCUCUAGCCGCUCACACCAAGUCAAAUGCUACAGCCAAGCUUGAUUUCGACUUGAAUGAAGGAAUACCUGGGGAUGAUGGGCAUCAGUCUGAGCCAACCAUCUCACCUGUUGUAUGUUCCUCAGCAAUCCAUUUAACUGGGCUUGUGCCAUUCACUUCACCUAUUACAAGUGGGUUGCAGCCAGCUCCAAUAACAGUAGCUGCUCCAGCUAAGGGGCCUUUUGUUCCUCCGGAAAACCUACUAAGAGCAAAGCCGGAGAUCGGGUGGAAAGGUUCAGCAGCUACGAGUGCAUUUCGCCCUGCUGAACCAAGGAAGAUUUUUGAGAUGCCUGCUGCCACACAUGACAUUCCAGUAUCUCAGGCUGCUGGGAAGCAGUCUCGUCCCACGCUUGGUUUUGAUUUGAAUGUUGCAGAUGACCAAGCUCUCGAGGAAGAUAUCCCACAGAGUUCUGCACAGACUACCUGUUCUGAAUCUGGAAAUACGAGAAGUCGAGAUGGCUCUUCACGAAGCGCUGGUAUUGAUCUUGAUCUGAACAGAGCUGAUGAAGUUGCAGAUAAUGGCCAAUUUGUACCAAAUGCUUCGCACAGAGUUGAAGACCCAUUGCUGUCGGCGAGAUCGUUACCUGGAGUUUUCUCUAAUGCUGGCACGAAUAGCUCGAGGGACUUUGAUCUUAAUAGUGGACCAGGCCUUGAUGAUGUUGGCACUGAACCUGCAUCAAUUAGCCUACCUUCUAAAAAUACAAGCAGUAUUCAAUUCCAACCACAAGUUCCUGUUAGGAUGAAUAGUGCUGCCAUGAGUAAUAUAUCACCAUGGCUUCCCUCUGCCAGCCCUUGUGGUCCAGUAGCUUUACAAUCUUUUUUACCAUCUAGAGAACAGCCGUACCCAAUUGAGGCAGCACCUGGAGCCCAGAGGAUUAUUGCGCCUACAGCUGAUGGUGGCCAAUUUGGAGGUGAUCCCUGCAGGCCUCCAGUUAUUUCAACGUCUCCAGCGAUGGUUUUUCAUCCACCUGCAUAUCAGUAUGCAGGAUUCCCUUUUCCUAGUGUUCACCUUCAAACACCGGCAUUUUCAAUUGGAUCAGCAACAUUUAGUAAUUCUGCAUCUGCAGGAGGUCCGUAUUUUUCAACUCUCUCCCCAUCUUUUGUUGGGCCAGCAGGAGCUUUACCUUCCCAACAUUCAAGGCAGUAUGCUAUAAAUCUUGCUGAGGGUAGCAGCAGCAGUGGACGUGACAGUAAUCGUAAAUGGGAAAGUCAAGGCCUUGAUCUUAACUCAGGCCCUGGAAGUAUAGAUUUAGAGGGAAAGGAUGAACGGGUGCCUUUACCAGUCAGACAAAAUUUGAUCCCACCCCCACAUGGCUUUGCGGAGGAUCAAGGAAGAAUUUACCAAAUGCCAGUUGUAGGAACAAAGAGAAAGGAACCUGAUGGCAGUUGGGACUCAGAAAGGUCUACAUACAAGCAAUUAUCAUGGCAAUGA